AUGCCGCGAUUUCCUUUUGUCCCUGAUGCAUGGUUCAUGGAGCCUGAUGAUGAUAUCUUCUAUUCGACAGAGUACCCUCAAGGUAGUCAGAUUCUGAUCGGGAUAGUCCUGUACUUGGUGUCUAUAUUCGGGACUGUUGGUAAUCUUACCUUGAUACUCGCCCUCAGGAAGAAUAAGAGGUUGAAGAAUGCCAGCAACCUUCUGACCAUUAGUCUGGCGGCCAGUGAUGUACUGAUUUCAGCUGUUGCCAUGCCAAUAAGUGGAUACGCUGCUUUAAGUUUCGACACAGAAGAGACUAUAGAUGACACCCACAAGUACAACCACACGCCCACGUGUCGGUCACGAGACACCACCCUCAGACUCUCCCCGUUCCUCUGUACCCUAAACGGGCUCAUCAUUUACGUGUCCAGUAGGAUAUCUACUUGGACUCUAGCUGGAAUGGCGCUGGAGAGGUUCAUUGCUGUCCUUCAUCCUCUAAAUUACAAUAGAAUAGUUACAAAGAGACGUAUGUUUGUUGUUAUCAUCACAAUCUGGAUCAUAUCUCUUAUAGUGGAACUACCCCAGGUUGGGGGCUGGUUCCCGUUUGUGUAUUACCACAACGCCUUUGGGUGUCUCUCUCCUUCGUAUCACCAUAUGGGCUACAAACACCCUGACUUUCUUAUCUUCAGUAUCAGCAAGAAAGUUAUACUAACUCUCCUCCCAACACCAUUAAUAGGCUAUUGCUACUACAGAAUACUUACGGUAUCCUUCAAAAACAAACAAUCUGAUGACACGUUAAGAAAAAGAUACGUGGAAAAUGGUUAUCACAAAUCUCGUAUUAAACCAGAUAAACUCUCCGGAGACAAACCAAAGAAACGGAGAAUGACCGCUGCUCACGAGUCGUUGGGGGAUAUUUUAGCAAAGACAACUCAGAAAUACAACUGCUACAAGAAGAGUUUCAUUUGGCUGAUAAUAGUCAUAUCUUAUGUGAUAUGCUGGUCACCUGUGUCAAUAACCGGGAUUACGAUGAACUUUUUGGAUGCUUAUUGUGAAAAGUAUUACCCAAAGGGACUAAUAAUCACAGUAUUUGUUAUAGCUAUUAUGAACAGCUGUGUGAACCCUGUAAUAUACGGGUUUCUACAUCAACAAAUCAGAAGGACGUUUCUAGAUAUCCUCUGCUGCAGAAGCACACAAUCUCGCUUACGUAUAGAGCAACAACACGAAUACCUGGGACAGGACACAGUUACAGUUGGUUUGGGAACACGAGCUAUCAGCUCAGUCUACCCCACUGAUGUGGUGGAGGUGUCAUCAGAGAAAUCAGUACUCUCCAACCCUCUCACUUACACGUCCUCCUCUAAAAACACUGAUAAAUCCUCCUCUAAAAACACUGAUAAAUCCUCCUCUAAAAACACUGAUAAAUCCUCCUCUAAAAACACUGAUAAAUCCUCCUCUAAAAACACUGAUAAAUCCUCCUCUAAAAUCACUGAUAAAUCCUCCUCUAAAAACACUGAUAACAUUGAUAAAUCCUCCUCAGUUAUUGACAAGACCUCGUCUCUGAAAAACAGCAGUGCCGUGUUAGUUAACCAUGACAGUAAACCAUUGUUUGACAAAUCUCUGGUACUUCCAGUAGUGGAGAGGAUCGAGUUUUAA